UGUGAAGGAGUACACAUGACAACCAACAAUAGCUACUCUUGUUUCUCCAGAGAGACGUACAUUUGCUGCUUAAUUAGGACAUCUAUGUACAUCUAAAAAUGGCCACGAAGCACCGCCCUAAAAGAAUGCUUGUAGGAACAACGAAAAGUCAAAUAGCCCAUAUAGAAGGGUAUAUUCGUCUUUUCAUGCCUUGUAUUGUUGUUUAGCUCAUAGGCGGUGCUUUCUAACUUCUUUCACAUGUCUGUCCUAAUUAAGCACUGAAUACACUCCUACAAACAAAACUGCAUUCUACCUAGGUUUAAUCGGAUUUAUUUGGCGAUGCUUUCUCCUGCUCCCGUGCCGUUUCGAGCUUGACUCACACAUAACAGUGGUACACUAACAGCAACGGUCUCGGAAAUGUUGACUGACUAACUACUGUCCAUGACAGUCGAAAAUGUAUAUCAAAUUGUCAUUUUCAAGGUGCACACAUAUAUAAGCACUACAACUAAACAAGCUUCUCUCUGUACUUUCUCCUUACAUUACAUAUGAUUCUCAUUAAUCAAUGCUAGUUUGCUCAUAAGUUUUUCAGACUUAAGCUACAAAAGCCGUUAUUCCCAAAAGCUUGGCACACUGAUUGUCUCAUCCUGCCCUAAAAAGAAGCCCUCAACAUUUGCGCUCCUCAGCGAGGGAACUAAGAAGCAAAAAUUCGAACCACCCACUCAUAGGAAGAAACAGUAACACACAUUUUACAUUUUUAAACUACUGGUUCCGUAAUUUGUUUGUUCUCUUGCAAUACCACAUAGCAAAACCAAAGUUGGGUGCGGCCAAAAUUCAAUCACAUGGUUUGACAUGUAUAGCUGGAUUUUGAUUUCUAUACCAACGUCUUAUAAUCAGCCGCCUCAAUGAAGUUGCUCCCUUUUUUGUGCAAAUGACAGUUCUAUGUCUGUAGUGUAAAAUGUGCAGUUGUGAUUGAAUUUGUUGUUGCACUUUUCUCUGAUACAAGUCAGUUUUUUUUCGGGAAAGCAGUCUCGAUGUGCGCGAGCUCCUUCAGAGAAUUGCGCGGUGGUGGCCGACGGAAAUAAGUUGUGUUGCUGUCGCUGAAGGAAGAAAUUACAAACACGGCAAUACCACUAAGGGCAAUGGGAGGGUUAUUGAACUAUUGAGUUAAGAGCUGGAAGCUCCUAGAAAAGCUCUUACUCACUCUUCUUGUCCUAAUUCAGCUUCUAAUUACCAGCUCUCAACAUAGCUAUUUCUAGUUAUUUCUUCGUGACUUACCCUGACGUUGACUGUCGCAAGCUAACAUACCUCUCUGCUGCAGAUGUAAGUACGGAAAAACUUGUUAGAGUUGCAGUCCAACACGUCCUCUACAAGUGCCUCAUCCGUGAUGCGUCAAAUAGUCGAUGAAAAGUUAGAAGAAUAAAAACCUUGUCAAGCUCUAGAAGAGCGUUUUCACGAUGAUUAGGGUUGUAGAGAACAAACACAAGUUGUGUAGCAGAUUGCAUUUUGUGAUCCUUAUUGGGUGGUGCUUCGGCGCUGAAAGACAAUGAUGACAUACCACCUCCUCCUCUGAAGUUGCUGACACCGAUGGAGAAAAAUUGAGGGUGAUACCUGUCUCAACAAUAUGGCGAUGACGACGUUCAGCAGUUGCAUUAUGUUCAGGAGUAUGUAGAGGAGUGAGGAGGAACUACCAAAGAAGGAUUUUUCUAAAGAGGAUGAAAUAGCUAAAAGCUUGAAAACUUGACGAAGAGUUGGAGAGGACGGAUGACUGAGACGUUGAUGCCAAUUGGAAGCACUUGCAGUGCUCGUAGUGGUAGGGUUCGAGGAUAAGUCACUGAUGGAAGAGGUGAAGGCCAUAAAUAAACACCAUUUUCAGGUUUUAUUUAGUAGAGGCGCCCCCGUGCAAAGGUCCUUCACAACAAACGAAUUAGGUGAAAAUGUGACAGAGACAUCAUUAUCAUUACAAAGUUGAUAAACAGAAACAAGGUUCUUUUUCAUCUUAGACACACAUAAAACAUUGGACAAAGUUAAAGGACGAGAAGAUGAUGGUAAAGAAGCGGAUCUCCUAUGAGUGAUUUUGUGUUCGUUACCAUCACCAAGCAUUAUGUCUUCACUGCCAUCAUAAUCAGAGUGAAGGGACAAAUUCUGGAUAUCCUGCCUGACGUGAUGAGAUGCACCCGAAUCAACAAGCCAAUUUUCAUCAUUGGUGGUGUGUUGAGUUGUGUUGUUAGCACGUGGCUGUUGUGUUUGAGACUGAGCAUUAUUUCUUGUAUGCAAUUGUGUAGUUAGCACGUGGCUGUUGUGUUUGAGACUGAGCAUUAUUUCUUGUAUGCCCAUCUGAUCUAGUGUCAUCCAUUAGAGAAAGAAUUGCCAAUAGUUUUUGGCACUGCUUCACGUGAUGACCAGGCUUAUCACAAAGCUGACAAGUAACACGAGGACGAUUCCUGUGGUUGUUUUCACCAGCCAUUUGAACACCAAAAUUGUUAGCAGCAGGUCUAUCCAUAUGAUUCGAGUUGUUUGCUGGACGCGAAACAUGAUUGGGUCGAGACCAGUUGUUGUGAUAUGAUGGUUUGGCAGCAAAAUUUGCUGUAAUUGGAACUGUGGUAGAGGAAGAUGAGCGAAUGAGAUUCUGCUCAAAAUCGAGGAGCUUCUCAUGAAGCUCUUCAAAUGUCAAUGGAGUUUCCCGGGCGCAUAGAGCUGCAGUGAUAGUGUCAUAUUCGGUUGGAAGUCCAUGAAGAGCAUGAAGGAAGAGCUCAUCCAUUGAGAUUUGAACCCCAGCAGAGGCUAAAGUGCUGCAGAUUUGUUUUCUAUUCUGAAGAUAUGAAUUUAACAGAAAGUUUACCUUUUUUCAUGUUGCUUAGAGACUCUCUAAGACUCAUUAUACGAGCGUCUGAUGGCUUCGCAUAGGUUGCUGCCAGAUUUUGCCAGAGAGCACAUGAAGAUUUGGCAUCAAUGACAAAAGGAACAAUGUCAUAAGAUAGAGAGGCAACAAUGGCACUCUGGAUGAGAUGGUCUUGUCGUUGAUGAAAAGUUUUUGCGUGCAGUGUGAAGAUAGGAAUUUGCAAUUACUACUACUGCAGUCUCAGCGCUACAGGAUAGAUAACAGUUCUACAAAUGUCAGACAAAAGUAAUAGAAAUCAUCUGAAUUCUGAAAAAGCUCACGCUGAUAAAAAAGCUAGACGGCGUGAAUUAUAUAAACUGGCACAAUCCAAUAAGAAAGAUGCCUAUCUGGCUGGCAGACGGGCAAACUCAGCCAUCGAGAAUAAUGCCUCCAUCGGUGCUAGCUCCAGCACCACCACAUUGUCUACACAUGAGCAAACUCUUAAUAGAGGAUGUAGUUCAACAGAAAUUAAUUACAUGGAAAUCAUCCAACCGAUGACAAAUUAUGCUACCCUAAAAGAUGUUUCCCGGUGUAAAUUCUGCACUGCAAAAAGAUUUGAGUAUGAGCCGCCAGCAUUUUGUUGUGGCAAUGGUGUUGUGCGGCUUAUUUCGCAUCAAACACCGCCAACUUUAAGAAAUCUAUAUUUAGGAAAUACGAAUGAAUCUGAACAGUUUCGAACUUAUAUAAAAACUUACAAUAACAUUUUUGCAUUCACAUCUCUAGGAGUUAGUUAUGACAAAGAACUAGCAAAAAAAUAUAAAGGUAUAUCCACAUUUCGAGUUCAAGGAAAAAUGUAUCACUUUAUAGAUGACUUAGUACUAGCUACUGAGAAAGGAAGAAAUUUACAAUUAUAUUUCUUUGAUAGUGAAAAUGAAUUGAGGAAUCGAUUAGAAUGUUCAAGCAAAUUGAAUGAAGGUACUGUACAAAAACUGAUGGAAAUAUUAAAUGCUAAUCCAUACUCCAUAUUUCUAAAGUCACUAAUAAAUAUUCCACAAUUAUCUAACUUCUACAUUGCUCUAAAAUCCGAUGCUGGUUUAGACCAAAGAGUGUACAACUUACCAACUGCAUCAGAAGUUGCUGGAAUAUGGGUAGAGCAAGAUGCUCAAAACUAUACACUCACCCCUCAUAUUCGUGUAUAUACAAAUAGCAAUAGGAGUCAAUUGGUAAAUUAUUAUUACGGUUGUUAUGAUCCGCUGCAGUAUCCACUGUUAUUUCCAUAUGGUCAAAAUGGAUGGCAUUGUGGUAUUCAAAAAAUUGAACCUUUAGGUGCUUCUUCUUCUAGACAAAAAUAUUGUGAAAAUGAACAAUUACCAAGCAUAACAAAUAUGACUACAAUUGAUGGAUUUCUUGAUAUAGAAGCUGAAGUUAUGCAAAAAGGAAAACGUAAAAGAAAUAGUGUCUCCUGUCGUGAAUAUUAUUGUUACCAACUUCAAAUGCGAGAUGAUGAAAAUAUAAUUCUACAUUCAGGAAGAUUGUUUCAACAAUACACUGUUGACCAAUGGAUAAAAAUUGAAACUCAACGAUUAGAUUUUGCUUAUUUCAAUCCGGAUUUAUAUAGAACAGAUGUAUUAGGAGGAUUGCUAGAUGUUCUAUGA